AGCGCGUGCGGUUUGAUGACGCUGUGGAGCCGCGGGGCCACACUGCUACACGCUCAGGGACACACACACAUACACGGAGCGCGCGGCAGCGUGGAUGGAUCACAGCUCAGAACUUCUACUACAUUUUUCAUUUACUUGAUUGCAAUUUAAAGUUCACUGGAGGACCUGCCACCUGUGUGCGGAUACACACUCUUUACGCAUCCCUGGAGCCACCAAAAAGUGUCGGAGUCAGCAGCAGCAGCAGGAAGCCAUGAAGCAGCGUCUGCUGGUAUGCAACAAUGCCAGACCUGAACCCUGACACUCCAUGUGUGUUUUGCUGAACAACCACCGACCACGUGCACUUCUUAUUGCGUAACUGUGCGAGUUCAAAGCCCUGCAGAGUGAAGGACCUUGUGCCGCUCUCCAGUAUGCUCCAGCCGUUUGCCUCGGUUUGCCUGCUGGGAGGUUUUUUGGGUGUGUUCCUUCUGGCUCCUGUCCUCAUGUCUACAGCACCACCCAGCAUGUGUACGGCCUUGAAGACAAUCAACAAUAGCCUCAGCCACAGGCGACGGUUCAUGAAAUACAACUUCCCCAUCAACUACACCAUCAAGGUCCACUAUGAGGAAAUCUUCAAAGUGUCGAACAUCAGUAAACUGAGGUUGGAGGUGGAUGGGGUGGACAAGCUGGUUCUCCAGAGGUUGUGGUUCCAAGUCAAUCAAGGCGUGUUGAAAAAGAUUAUUCGCGUUCUGCCAGAGAAACAUCCUUCCCGUCCAUAUACUGCUAUGCUGGAAACGCGUUUCAGGGACGCUGAAGGAGUUUUCAGACAGUCUCAUCCCUCUGAGGUGUUUGAGCGGGAUCUUCCACAGACUAUCCAAGACAUCUGGGAACGGUUAACGGAUCUGCCUGAUACAGUUCCACAGUCCAGCUGGCGAUGUGCCUUACCUAAAUCCCUUCUGGACAACUUCUGCCACACGAUGCACUGCCUCUUUAGUGAGUGCUUUGAAGGCACAGAAGCACAAGACUGUGAGUAACAAAUGAAAAAUACUGUGAUGUUUCUUACCGGAGGAAAGGCAGGAAGAAAGACUUGGAGCCUGAAAACUGAGUGGAGGUCUGCGGGUGAAGUUGUCCCAGUUGUUACUGAUUAGAAUUUCGCAUCAACAGCUCCUGUAAUCUGUUGUGUGGGAGGUCAAAUUAUGUGCUACACUGAAACACGAUGGUUCAGUCCUGAUUGGGAACAUGAACAAAUCUUUCCCGGAAAUGAUGGAAAAUGAGAACUGAAAUGAAGU